AUGCUGCACCUCAGCUUCUUUCCACUGCUUGUGCUGCUGCUGGUGGCCACCCUCGGGGCUGCCUUCCCCAAGGAUGCCCUGAAGAAGAGCUGCAGCCUGUUCAAAUACCAGUUCCUCGUGCCCCACGAGCUGAAGGCCAUGCAGAAAAUGAAGGAGCAAUUUGAGGACAUCAUGCUGCUGUCAGAUCGCAAAUGCAACACCAGGGUCUUCCAUCGGAAAUGGAGCCCGGCGGAGCUGUCGGUGCCUGACCGAGUGAUGCUGGUGGAAGCCGAGCUGGAUCUCACCACCGCCAUGCUGGCGCUCCCUGCCAACCCCAGCUUUACCGAGAUGCGCCAGCAGCCCCUGGCCUUCCUCACCCAAGCCCAGGAGGACCUGCGAGGCUGCAUGGCCAUGGAGGCUCCUUCGCAUCAGCCCUCCAGGAAACUGAGGCACUGGCUGCAGAAGCUGCAGACGGCCAAGAAAACAGAGACCACAGGCUGCCUGGAGGCCUCUGCCAUCCUCCACCUCUUCCAAGUGCUGAACGACCUGCAAUGCGCAGCCCUCCGGGACCAAUGCACUUAG